CCUCCCCGCCCAUUGUACUUGGUGGCCUGUGGCGCCCCCAGCUGAGCACCAGCCGAAGGCGCGGGAGGAGGCGCAGGCGCAGGCGCGGCGCUUCCAAAAUGUCGCAGACAGCCAUGUCCGAGACCUACGAUUUCCUCUUUAAAUUCUUGGUUAUUGGAAAUGCUGGAACUGGCAAGUCCUGUUUACUUCAUCAGUUUAUUGAGAAGAAAUUCAAAGAUGACUCAAAUCAUACUAUAGGAGUCGAAUUUGGUUCAAAGAUAAUAAAUGUAGGGGGUAAAUAUGUAAAAUUACAGAUAUGGGACACAGCAGGACAAGAGAGAUUCAGGUCUGUAACAAGAAGUUACUACAGAGGUGCAGCGGGUGCUUUGCUUGUCUAUGACAUUACCAGCCGAGAAACCUACAACGCGCUUACUAAUUGGUUGACAGAUGCAAGGAUGUUAGCAAGUCAAAAUAUUGUUAUCAUACUGUGUGGCAACAAAAAGGAUCUCGAUGCAGAUCGUGAAGUUACUUUUUUAGAAGCAUCCAGGUUUGCACAAGAAAAUGAACUGAUGUUUUUGGAAACAAGUGCACUAACCGGGGAGAAUGUUGAAGAGGCCUUUGUACAGUGUGCAAGAAAAAUACUUAAUAAAAUUGAAUCAGGUGAACUGGAUCCAGAAAGGAUGGGCUCAGGAAUUCAGUAUGGAGAUGCUGCCUUGAGACAGCUGAGAUCCCCACGUAGAGCACAGGCUCAAAGUGCUCAAGAAUGUGGCUGUUAAAAAAACACAACAAAACAAACUGAACACUUGUUCUAGAAACAAAAGAUGUCCAUGCAAUUGGUGUUUGUAGCAACAACUGACACAGCUUGAAGGCUAUGCAGUUUUUUUAAAACAUCUUUACUACUGUAUGUGAACAGAAAAACCACUGCUGGAAAAACAGUACUGUAUGGUGGUAGGCAAGAAUGUGCAUAUGACAUAGCAGACUGCAAAACAAACCUGACAAUUCAGUGGACGAUACUAAGACUCACCUGUAUGUAAACAUUUUCCGUUACAUAUUUUUGUCAUUCACCUUUAAAGUAUUGCUGUAUACUGUAUAUAAUGUAACAGUAAAUUUCCAAAGCAUGAUAUACUUAUGUUUGAUAUAAUAAAUGUUGCACUAAAAGCAAUUAUAUUUUAUUUUUUUAAUCAUAUUAACUAAAACUUGUUAACUGAGUUAGGCUUUAUCAUGUUUGUGUUAAUUGCACAGUAGGUUAUAUUUAUGACCUGAAAUACAAAGCCACUGGCACUGUCAGUGAUUUUCCUACUUCACCACGUUUGCCACAUUCUACAAGGUGUUUACAUGAUCCAUUCUAGAAUUACGGUGAGGACAUUAUCUAAGUUUACUAAUCCUGUCAAAUUUGGAAUGGAUGUUUCUAGUGAAGUGCAUCUGUCCUGUUUUCUGACAAUUCUUAAAUAAAUUUCUCUAAACUGUAUUUUUUUCCUACUUUGUAGGUUAAAAAUGCUGCUGCUAAGUCUCUGAAAUGACUGCUGUCUGACCUUAGAUCUUGGAAGUUUCUUAUCUGUGUUCUCUGGUUCUUUCUUUUUCCUUUUCCACUUCUGUUGUAUAGAAGUGGGGGCCAAUGAGAUUUGUUUGUUUUUAGCAAAACUGUGUAUCUUCUUUUUACUGCUGUGUGAGUCCAUGAAAGAUCACCACAAUGAUUUCUUGUGUAUGAGAGAGCUGUUUCUAUAAGAUAUUGCUUAAUCUCGUUGGACUGCACUUCUCAAAGAUGCUUUAGCUACUAAUAAAGCAAUCUGCUAUAAAAAGUC